AUGCUUAGGUACCGGUACUCUGAAGUCUGGGCCGGUGUGUUGGUAGAAGACCAGGGAACCGCUUCGGCUGGGUUGGAAUUGGUGAGGCUGAGGCACUUGCUGAGUCAUCGGGUGGCAUUACCAGAACCGCCACCAGUCAGCAAUUGUCAUCAGUUAGUGUUGCAGGUGCUGUGCAGUGAGGAUGUGACGAACCACUAUUUGUUUUGUUUGAAUGAAACCUGUCGCCCGGUAACUGAGGCUGACGCUCCAGAUCACCAGCCACAUUUGCAUUUGCUGCGCCCGGCUCCUGCUUCUCUUGACGCUCACAAAUCGAAUGGAAUCCGUGGAAAGCAACAGUGCAUUCAGGGCCAUUCAGGGUUCAAUUCCAGUAAUAACAAGUACCUUUGCGAGUGGAUUUGGGGAAAAGAUACUUUGCGGGCGGCUACCUUCCUGCCCGGUCGUGUCAGUGAAUGGAAGGAAGUGGAUGGCGGCAGCCCGAACCUGACGGGACGGGAAUGGAAACCAUGUGGCUCCUGCCUACCUAAGGUUACCACACGACUCACCCCUUCCCGUCAUUUUUCGCCAGGCCCGACCGCUGACUUCCUUUCUCUCCUUCCUUUCCCUCCCACCCCAUUUCAAUCUCGACAUCAAUCUACCGUCACAUCCACGCUUUCCACGACGCCUGCUGCUGCUGCUGCUGCUGCAUCGACACCGGCUACAUCGAGAAUGCUCUUCGGCUUCGGCAUACAUGUAUAUCAAGUGUCAUACCAACACGGCCUUGGUUCCUUUGGCAUUUCCUCGCACCUCGACACAAAUCACUCCGUUUCGCUUUCUCGGCCGACGCAAACUACAGAAGGCCAGCAGCAACAGCAGCAACACCCACCACCGCCGACCGCUUUCGCUGACUUUUGCCCCUCACAACUACAGAACAUAGCAUUUGCGCUUCGGCGAUCGACCAUCUUCUAG